AUGUCCAAGCCAGCGAGCAAGGCUGCGCCCCAGAAGCCGUAUGGGAGACCACAGAAAGUGGUCAAUAAAACAGUGGAUCUGCUGAAGAAGAAUGAGAGAGCUAGUGCGGCCGGGAAGGGCAAGGAGAGGCAGGUCUUGGGAGAUGUCAUGGGUUUAGUCGAUGAAGUAAAAAGACUUCCCAACCUGAUACAAGUUGAAAAGUUUGCGCAGACGAGAGCCAUGGAAAUACAUGCCUUCCAAACUGCUAUCAAGAGCGCAGCGACGCAAGGAAACACUCGAGCAUUCCAGUCGCUCCCUAGACAUCUUCGUCGUCGAGCUGCUAGUCAUAACCCUCGCCGAGUGCCAAAACGCCUCCGUAGCCGAGCAGCUGCCGAAAUUGACGCUGCCGACAACAUCGCUAAAAAGCAUCGCAAGAUUGCCAAACUUCGCGCCAAAGGCAACCUUCGCUCGCACCUUUCCCGCACCGCCCUCUUCCGUAUACGUCAACGCUCCAAGCGCUGGCUCCCUACUCAUAUAUGGCACGCCAAGCGUCACCACAUGGUCAACCACUGGGGAUGGAGACUUCCUAUGAGCCCGACACUGAAGAGUUUCAGGCCGGCAUAUAGAGCAGGGAGGCGGAAAGCGGUCGCUUGGGAUGUGAGCUACUAUGGGGUUAUUGAAAUGGAAGGGAGGAGAGAGGAUAUCGUACGACUGCUUGGUGGUGUGACGGACGGAAAGUUUGCGGGCGAUAUGUUCGAAAGUGGGGCUAGGGUAGCCGGUAUCUCGUUCUACCAAUAUGACGCUUUCCCUCAAGGGCUGAUCGGGCCUGGAGAAGUCAUUUGGCAGCCUAUAACUCACGCGAAAAAUGAUAGAAAGGUUUGGAUCCGACUCCACCCUUCAAUCUUCAACCACGUUUGGACGCUCUUCAAAACCACUUCGCUACACAUUCUGAGUGAAGCCGGGUCAUCCUCCAAUGCCAGUCAAGGCUUACAGAUUCGAGAUCUGAGAGACCAGCUGGAAGCGCUGGAGAUAAUGGGACCAAAGUCUGGAGAGGUACUUCGACGUGUGUUGAGGCUAUGCAAAUCUGAGGAGAGUCUCAAGCAGAGAGUGAGUCUACUCGUGUUUAACGGGUUGCAAGACCCCUCGAACAUACCUGAUGGCACUGUGAUCGGUCUCCAAGCUUACGACCCUCGUCUUCAUUUCCCGCCGCCCAAGCUCUCAGAAGCUGAGCAGUCCGGCACCAACGACGGAGUCCUUCGCGACGAUAUCAUUGGGCCGACAGGGAAGCUGGCUUUCUCUUUGUUGUGGGAUGCCGAGUCACGAGAAAAUGCCUCGGAAGUCACACAUACCAAGUUCCAGCUCGACGCUCGGCGGCACAAGCUCGGAUUGCCGGGAACGAGACUGCAUCCCCGUCAGUCCGAUGAUCGACUCCCCAUCAUGCUAUUCAAGCGCUCCACACAUCCUCCCCCCUCUACAACUCCCCAAUCAUUCCACGGCUUCACACUCCUUCUCCCAACUGCGUGGGCCCAAUACCUUCUCACCUCUAUCGCCUACACCGGUACGCUCAUCGGCGGUCUCAAUGAGCGCAAAGUGCAGCACAGGGAAGCUGGCGUGCAUAGUUUUCCAGAGUAUUUCAGCGGAGUUUGUGAGGCGGGGGAUAGGUGGCACGAGGGUAAGGCUGCAUUCGAGAAGGAGACGUGGGAUAGGAAGCCGCCUGGAAAGAGGGUGGAGUUUGCAAAGGUUGGGACCAGUAGCCCUUGGACGCCAGACUGGGACAAAUUGCUGGGUGCAGACACAUCUGCCGAAGAGGCGUCUUUGAACACUUCCUCGCCCUGCAAACCUUACCUGCUCCCACAUCCCUUUUCCACCUACAUCUCACCCAGCCUUGACCCUCUACAGCUGCUUGAACAGCUCAACACAUUUCGUCGUCAGCGCUCUUUGGCCGCCUUGCCCCCGACCAAAACUGAGGCUUUGUUCAAUGAGGCAGUGUUACAUGUUGACAUAGAUGUGUUGGGCAGAGGGUCGCCGGGCGAUAUGGCGAUGAUCUGUGGGCUGGUGGGUGAAAAAAGAGAAAAGUGGAUCCAAGCGUACGAGCGGGAAGACGACGGCUUCAACUUUGCUGGAGAAGUGACUGAACUGCAGAAGCUCGGUCAAGCCCCAUCGUCACAUCAGAGACUGAUAGGCUAUACUGACUCGGGCAAUAUCUCUCUCACUCGCGGACAAGGCCACGCGCUCGGGACUAUCACCUUGCGAGGGUAUGUUGAGCUUCUCCAGGCUUCUUAUCCUUCUGCCGCUGGCCAGAUAGGCCAUGUCGAGGGCUGGGAUGGGAAGGCGCUUGUCUGUGUGAAGAACAGGGACGGGACAGUCGGCAGAUUUGGGGAGGUCCGGGUGUGUGGGUGA